AUGUGCCUCGCGCAAUCCUCGCAGAGGAAGGAGUACAGCGAGUUAGCGAAGGUCUACGUCAAUGCCGUCAGGUUGGUUCUCGCUCGGUCCGGGCUCAACAACGAUUUUUUCGCUGGGCGGAGAACUUGCUCAACGUCCUGCCAGGAUUAUAGGACACGCUUCCUAGUAUCCCUUUGUUUCCUCAGUGGCUCCGCAUCAUGA